AUGGUGGUAAUAACGGAGGGCCAAAGAGAAGGUUCAAAGGUUCAAGAGAAUGGAGUGGCGAGAGGAGUUGGAGUCAGUGAGAUUGAGUUUAGAAACAAUACAGUGGCUAUGGAUGCACCUGUCAUCACCGCAGUUGAUGAAGAUGGGGAAGAGUGUGAGGUGUCAGAAGAGGAGAACGAUGAAGAGAGUGAAGUUGACUACACGAGGAACUACUGGGAGGAUGAGGACGAUAUCUACCAGGAGUUUGAGGAGUUGGAUUUCGAGUCCCUCCCGGAUAGCUCGGACACCCGGAGCAUCGCCUCGGACGAUUCCUUCUACCCUCCAGACAGCUCGGUCACCUCUUUUAUCAUGUACCGCUCGCCGACCCCUGACAGCCCCGAGCCCAUCUCCUUUUUCAAGGCCUGCAGCAACAACAACGCCAUCAUUGUCAAAAUAAUGAUCAGACAGGGAGUGACUGAAGAGGAAGUGAAGGAGACGGACAGGAACAGAAGAUCGGGCCUCAUUAUGGCGUGUUACCAUGGCUACAUAGACGUGGUCAUCGCGCUGUCUCAGUGUCCAUACCUGGAUGUUAACUGGCAGGACAACGAGGGAAACACGGCUCUAAUUACUGCAGCACAAGCAGGUCAUCUGUUCAUCUCCAACUAUCUGCUGAACUACUUCCCUGGUCUGGACAUCGAGAGGAGGAACUGUCACGGUUUCACGGCGCUGAUGAAGGCUGCCAUGCAGGGCCGAGCUGAGUGUGUCAGAGCGCUAAUGCUGGCAGGAGGUGAUAUCCAGGCACGAGACUACAGCCGCAGAAUGACACCCAGAGAGUGGGCUCUCUUCACUGGUCGAUACGAAACAGCCGCCCUGAUGUAUCGAGUGAUGGCCAGACCUUGUGCUGAGCAGUUCUGUGACUCCUUCUCCCUGGAGUGGCCCAUGUUAGAGGAGCUGGUGGCCCAGGCCCAAGAGCCAAAGUCCUGCUGGAGGCGUUUGCUCAACUUCAUCUCCUGCUGCCCUUAUAGGUUUUACAUCAACAACAAGGUGAACCCUGUGGACGACGGCGUUUUUGACCACAUGGUCCGGAUUACCACUAGUAUCUCCAGUCCCUUCAUCGCCACAAGUUGUCGUACGGUCUGUCCUGGCAGCCCGCCAUGCAUCGGGAAGCGGCGUCAUGCUGUUCAGGAGAUCCUGAGGAGGCAGCGGGUGGCCGACCUGAAGCGCCUGGGCCCAGACAGACUGAACAACUACAAGAGAUUAUUCCAGAACUCACGGGUCCUUCUCAUCCCCAAGGUGAGGGAUCGGAGAGCCAGCCUCCAGCCUCAGCUGCUCAGCGAGGUGGCGGCGGCGUCCUCGGUGGCUAUAAGACGAGCCAGCCUCCUUCCACUCAACAUGCUGAGGAGAAGCAGCGUUCGUCCGGGACUCGUGGUGCCCAAAGUGAGGCUCUGCAAGGCGCCUACUCCAAACUUUAUACCAGAGAAACUCAGAAGGCGCAGCAACCGUAACAACCUCCAGAUCCCCAAGUGGGAUUACAAGAUGAAGAGAAUAGAGAAGAGGCAGGAGGAGGACAGGCAGAGACUGCUGCCUCUGACGAGGAGGAGGUGAGGGAAGAAGACAAAGCAACACGACACGUUGCAGCUUCAAAAGGCUGCGGUAUGUCUAGCUGAAAAUCCCUCACAUAGCUCCCACUAUGCACAGUGUUGCUGUGCUAGAAAAACUCUUUUUCUGAAUGGAACUGCUAAUUUUCACCUUGAUUUGUUUGAUUUUGUUGCCUUGUUUCUACUUGAAUGCACACACUUCUUCUGUGAAGUGUACUUUGGGGAGCACAGGAAGAGAAAUAUCCACUUACUUGCUGACAAAAUAAGUGUUUCAAUGCUGGCAGCAUUUAUUAUGUACUGUGAUACGUUCUCUGGCAUGUGGCAGGAGUACAGGUAAAGUGUUUGGCUGUCAGGAUUCUCAGACUGAUGUCCUCAACCUGUAAAGGUGCCCUGUGGCAGACCUGGUUUUAUGGGGGUAAAUAUUUUGCACCAUGAGCUGAAAUUUGAAGAAUCAAUGUGUGCCAUUUAAUUGUGAGUGGUGAGUGGGAGCUUCUGCUGAGUGCUUUGUGUGGUUAGUCUGUCCAUCAUGCAGAAUCGUGUCAAUCAGAAUUGUAUUAUGUAGCUGCACUUUGGCGCCUCCACUGAAGUUUACUAUGUUUGCUUACUGUCCAGAUAUCAUGACAUGGUCAGUCAUGGUUGGUGAAGCUGAAGUCAAACACUGACAGCAGCACAAAGACUGAGCAUAGACAAACAGUUUCUAACCAUUCUCCGUCAUGAACUAAAAACCUCACUGUCUUGCAUCUGUUGAAGCUGUGGGCCAAUCUGUAGGGGCAAGUAGGAGUGAGCUGAUGGCAGUAGACGCUC